UUGAGAUGGGGGCGAUGGCACCGCAUACGCUGCUCCUGCUGCUGGCGGCCGCCCUGGCCCCGACCCAGACCCGCGCGGGCACGCACUCGCUGCUGUAUUUCUCCACCAUCGUGUCCCGGCCCGGCCUCGGGGAGCCCCGGUACAUGAAAGUCGGCUACGUGGACGACACGCAGUUCGUGCGCUACGACAGCGACGCGGAGACUCCGAGGAUGGAGCCGCGGGCGCCGUGGGUGGAGCAGGAGGGGCCGGAGUAUUGGGAGAGGGAGACACAGAUCGCCAAGAACAUUGAGCAGAUUUUCCGAGUGAACCUGAGGACCCUGCUCGGCUACUACAACCAGAGCGAAGGCGGCUCUCACACCAUCCAGGUGAUGUAUGGCUGUGAGUUGGGGUCAGAUGGACGCUUCCGCCGCGGGUAUGAACAGGUCGCCUACGAUGGCCGCGAUUACAUCGCCCUGAACGAGGACCUGAAGACGUGGACGGCGACAGACACCGCGGCGCAGAUCACCCGGCGCAAGUGGGAGCAGGCUGGGGAGGCAGAGAGAUACAAGGUCUACCUGGUGGGACAGUGCCUAUGGUGGCUGAUCAGAUACCUGGAGAACGGGAAGGACGCGCUGCUGCGCACAGAUCCCCCAAAGGCACAUGUGACCCAUCAUCCUGGACCUAAAGGUGAUGUCACCCUGAGGUGCUGGGCCUUGGGUUUCUAUCCUGCUGACAUCACCCUGACCUGGCAAAGGGAGGAGGAGGAACAGACUCAGGACAUGGAGCUGGUGGAGACCAGACCUUCUGGGGAUGGAACCUUCCAGAAGUGGGCAUCUCUGGUGGUGCCUUCUGGGGAGGAGCACAAAUAUACCUGCCAUGUGUACCAUGAGGGGAUGCCUGAGCCCCUCACUUUGAGAUGGGAGCCUCCUCAGUCUAAGGUCCCCGUCAUGGCGGUCAUUGCUGGUCUGGUUCUCCUUGGAGCUGUGAUCAUUGGAGCUGUUGUGAGGAAGAGGAGGAGAAACACAGGUGGAAGAGGCGGGAACUAUGCUCCAGCUCCAGUGUGAAGACAGCUGCCUGGUGUGGAUGGAGUGAUAGACAAUGUGUUCAGGUCUCUCCUGUGACAUCCAGAGCCCCUCAGUUCACUCUCAGCAAUAGUGUCUGAUGUUCCCUGUGAUCCUAUGGGCUCAAUAUGAAGAACUGGGGAGCCCAGCCCACCCUGCACACCAGGACCCUGUCCCUGCACUGCCCUGUUCCCUUCCACAGCCAACCUUCCUGUUCCUGCAGACAGGAGGAGACAUCUCCAUCCUGUCUCCUCCAUGCUGUCCUGAGCUACAGUCCUCAUUUCUCCAC